AUGAUCUCUCUUCAAAGCCCAAUCGCCCUCCCCAAAAACAGAAAAAAGAUUGGAAUUUUACAAAGAAAUGGCUCAAAAGGGUUCACCGUGAAGUGUUUUGUAGAGAGACAAACUCUUUUGUUUGUGGGUUUUGAGAAAGAUGGCAUCUUGAUGACGAGAAGAGGGAGGAAAGAGAGCUUGGUUGCGGUUAGAGCUAACCAAGGCUCUGGCUUUAAUGGCGGCGGCGGCGGUUGGGACAAGGGAAGUACAAACAGGGUUUUGGGUAAUCUUGCUUUGGCAGUGGGCUUGACUUAUCUUUCAAUGACUGGGCAGCUUGGUUGGAUUAUUGAUGCCAUUGUCUCAAUCUGGCUCCUUGCAGUGCUUCUACCAAUUGUGGGAUUAGGGGUUUUCUUCUGGUAUGCUGGACGAGACAUAGUUCAAAGCAGUUGCCCCAACUGUGGAAAUGACUUCCAGAUACUUAAGUCUUCCUUGAAUGAUGGUGUACAGCUUUGUCCAUUCUGCACCCAACCUUUUUCUGUGCAGGGGAACAAGUUCGUAAGGGAAGCCGCAAAAUUCUCUUCUGGACGGCCAAAAACAUCUGAGCAGGUCUUCAAGGGCUUUUCACGUCACUCAGACAUAGGCAAAGCUUCCUCCACAGGAGUUGUUGAUAUUGAAGCUGAAGUGAAGGACAUAGAGUGAAUAGUAGUAUGCCUUAAUUUGCGAGAAUCAGGCAAGAGCGAUGCAAAUGAUUCCCUUGGGUUUCUACUAUUCAUUGUGUCGAAGCUGUGUUUUCUAAAUUUCGACUUCAAUAUCCUGAUAUAUUGCCGGAGAAGUAACGCGGCUCAAAUGUUCAAGUUCUGGCGACUUUCAUACAGUUCAGAUCAACUAUUGAAAUUAUUGCUGAUGGCUUGGCCUCCUACCUACCUUGCGUGUAACUUGCAUAUUUUUAUUAGUUUAGUUACCUAGGCAUCGCUGUAGUUGGAAUUGUAUUCUGUAAAUAAUUUUGUUAAAAUCACUGAUGAUUUUGUAAGUGAAUUAUUGGAUGUACCAGUUUAGACGUUAAGUUGUGAUUCUGUAUGAUAUGGAUAUGACGUGAGGAUUGAGAAUAAAAGCAUGUUUGGGAAUUAUGGAUUU